AUGGCUGAGAAAGCAUGCAAAUUCCUUCUCGAUACUGAUAAAUAUUUUACCAAUGAAAUUGUCGAUGUGAUAAAAUUUGAUAAAUCCAAUUUAUUCAAAUAUAAAUGCCCUUAUGAUAAGGAAACUAAAGAGUAUCCCGGUUGUAAAAACAACAAUGAAAGAAUUAACGCUUUGGGAGGUCAUUUAUACAAAAAUUUAUCUAGUAUUUCUAAGGAUUUUAAAGGAAAAGGAGAUAAUGGUAACCGACAUAUUGAGAUUUUUAUAAUGUGGCUAGGCAAUAAGUUAUAUAACCUAGAAAAUAACUAUACAGUAACUCUGGAAGAAUCUUAUAAAAAGCAUUUAGAGAAAUAUAUGCCUAAUUUUAAUUAUUGGACAAUUAUAGACAGUAAAAAGGAAUAUAAGAGAGCUAAUGUUUGGUAUAUGAGUGAAUUAUAUAAAUUACUCAAUUGUAUAUGUAAUAUAGUUAUUGAAUACAACAAAAACAAUAGCAAUAACAAGAACAAAACGAAAAUCGAAAAUUAUUCCUCCCAAUGCUACGAGAAAUUUAAAAAUGUUUAUAAUAAUGUUAAAGAUUGCUAUUCAUAUUUUCAUUUAUUAAAGUUCUUAAAAAGUAUAUAUGAUGAUAUUAGAAAUGAUGCUAUUAAAGACGCCGAUGAUAAAAAAGACGCUAUUAAGCAAGCCUUUAUUACAAAUAAUUCUUUUAAAAAGGCUGCUUCCUAUCAUAAAAAUAAUUUAGGCGAUGUAUUUGAAAAAAUAUUGAAUGCUUCAACUAUUUCUCUUAUAGAUCUAACUACAUCAGAUUGGGACCAAAUGUUUUUGAAUGUGUCUGAUAAAAUACUUGAUUUUCAUACUCAAUUAUGUAUUAAUUCGUAUUCUGAACUUGUGAAAAAACAAAAAGAACUUGAAUCAAAAAAUCAACUGAAAGUACAACCCCAAACAGAAAGUGAUAAAUCAGGAAAAGAAGCAAACCAAAAUUCUCCAGAGGGGCUAAAAGAUGAAAAACCUGAACAAUUUGACAAAACUCAACAGCCACCUUCAGAAGGAAAAAAAACACAUGGCCAAUCAGAACCUGUAAAGCCACCAAUACCAUCACAACCACAAGCACAAAUACAGCAGCUAGGAUCACCACCAGUACCACUACUACCACAAGAGAAAGAUUCAUCAUCUUCACAAAAGGAUAGUUCAUUACCAAAAUCUCAAACAGGAGACUCAGAUAAUGGUAAAGAAAAUACAGGAAGAGCAAAUGGCAAUAAAAGAGACCCACGUGAUCCCACGCCAAAUGAUCCCGCACCAAGUGAUCCUUCAUCAAAUACACCAGGAGAAUAUUUUUAUUGGUGGUCAUCAUUUAAUGGAUUCCUAUUCGAUAGAACCGAAAUUUUUAAUAAAGCUUCCCAAUUUAUUGAUAAAAGCCGUCAAACAGUUAAAGAAGUUACGGAUAAAAUCAAUAGUGCAUAUACUAGCGCCGUGGAUAAUUUAAAAAGUGCUUACACUGUAUCUAAUAAUUAUAUUAGUGGAGUUGUUAAUAGUGUAACUACCAAAUUGAAUCCAUUCAGUACUUUUCAAUUAGGUGAUAAUAAAUCUGAACCAGGGUAUCCAGUGAAUGGGGGAAAUGAGCCUAAUCCGUUACAAUCAAUUUUGCCCCCAGAUUCACCAUUACCAAAAUCACCUGAUUCACAGGGUAGCUCUACACAAAUUCACAAAUGUCCAGUUCACCAAAUUGCACCUACUGAUGGAAAUAUGGGAUCUCAAACACCACCAUCUGGUCAAGGUGCAUUAUCAAUUUCUGGUAGUAAUCCUUCAAAUACAAAAAAAGAAAACGUAAUUACUAUGGCAAAUGUUAAAAUAAAAGAAGCUCCAUCAAUAUGGUGUAUAAGACCGAAUACCAAAUGUGACAUAACGGGUAUUAGUAUUAUAGGUAUUUCAAUAUUCGUUUUUUUAGUAAUUAUGUAUAAGUAUCUAUCACUUGGGUGUACAAGCAAAUCGAAGAGAAAAAAAAACAUAAAAAAGGUUAUAAAUUCAAUUGGAGGAAAAAGACCGGUUCAAAUAAUUAUAAAAUCAUAUGAUAGGAACAAAGACCUAAAACCGGUUAUAAAUUCAGUUGGUAGAAAAAAAUAUCCAUUAUUAAAUAUAUACAAACUUAUGCAGGCUGAUCCUGUACCAUUUGUUAAUUUAUUUUUUUUGUUAAUUUUUUUUGUUUAUAAAAAAAAAUUAAAUUAUCUAGAAUUAUAA